UGCGGUUGCGCGCUGGAGAGUGGAGGUGUGUUCCCUGCGCAGGCGCAGUCGGCUGCACUGGCUGCUGUGAGCAGAGACGAUGCGCUGGUUGCGGACGGUUGCGGCUCGAGUGUGGAGCUCUGGCGGGCAGAAGAGAAGCUACAGCGGGGGCCAGGGAGAGGGGUCUUCCCGCACAGCGCUCUAUGACUUUCACAGAGAACAUGGUGGUAAAAUGGUGGAGUUUGCCGGCUGGAGUCUCCCGGUGCAGUAUAAGGACAGUCAUAUCGCGUCUCACCUUCACACCCGCCAGCACUGCUCACUGUUUGAUGUCUCUCACAUGCUUCAGACUCGGAUACAUGGAAAACAUCGUAUUAUGUUCAUUGAAAGCCUUGUGGUUGGUGACAUAGCUGAACUGAAGCAAAAUCAGGGUACACUGUCCCUCUUCACUAAUGAAAGUGGUGGGAUUAUUGAUGACCUCAUUGUGACGAACACCUCGGAUAAUUACCUCUAUGUAGUGUCCAAUGCCGGCUGUGCUGAGAAAGACUCUGCCCACAUGCAGGACAACCUGCAGGAGUUCAGAGCAGCCGGACGGGAUGUGGCCAUAGAAGUUGUAGACUGUGCUCUCUUGGCUCUACAAGGUCCCUCUACUGCUAAAGUUCUCCAGGCUGGAUUGAGUGACAACCUUUCCAAGCUGACAUUCAUGACUGGUGUCACUACCGGUGUGUUUGGGAUUCCUGGUUGCAGAGUAACCCGUUGUGGGUACACAGGGGAGGACGGGGUGGAGAUCUCUGUGCCUGCUAACAGAGCAGUGGAACUGGCAGAGAGACUCCUGCAGAGUUCUGAAGUAAAGCUGGCGGGUCUAGCAGCCCGGGACAGUUUACGGCUGGAGGCUGGCCUCUGUCUGUACGGCAAUGACAUUGAUGAGACCACCAGUCCAGUGGAGGCGAGCCUGGUAUGGACGUUAGGUAAACGCCGCAGAACUGCCUUGGACUUUCCUGGAGCCUCAGUCAUUGUUCCACAGAUUAAAGGAAAAGUGACACGGAAACGUGUUGGGCUAACAUCUAUGGGGCCUCCUGUCCGCCAGCACACACCAAUACUGAAUCUGGAGGGAAAAGUCAUUGGUGAAGUGACCAGCGGCUGUCCCUCCCCCUGCUUGCGGUUGAAUGUGGCGAUGGGAUACGUGGAGCCAGAAUAUGCAAAAGCAAACACGGCUCUUCAACUGGAGGUCAGGAAGAAGCUGGUGGAUGGCAAAACCUGCAAAAUGCCCUUUGUGCCAUCAAGAUAUUAUAAUAUAAAGUAACGAGAGAAAGAGGCAAACCCCACUAUAUCAGGAAUCUCCCAUCAUCAUCACGACACCCUCCCCCACUCAUAUCACACCUUCCCCACCCUCAUUUAUAACUGUGACCCUUCCAUCAUCACUACACCCUCCCCCACUCAUAUCACACCUUUCCCACCCUCAUUUAUAACUGUGACCCUUCCAUCAUCACUACACCCUCCCCCACUCAUAUCACACCUUUCCCACCCUCAUUUAUAACUGUGACCCUUCCAUCAUCACUACACCUUCCCGUACUCCUAACUUUGAAUCUCGCAUUAUCAGUACAGUCGUUCCACUCAUAUAAAAACUGCUCCCCUUAUCAGCCUCUCCUUUAUUACUGUACCCCUUUAAGGUAGCAGGUUAUUUGGGAGAGCCUGUACCUCAUCUUUGUCACAGCUCCGGUUUCUCCUUUACUCAGGGAUCAGGUCAGACAUUCCACGGGCCCUGGGUCCCACACAGAUGACUGCUUUCUCUUUAUGCAACAUAAUGUUUUGUAGGAGUGUGAAAAAAUUCAGCUCUGAGUAUGACUGCUCCCUUUUUCCUUUGCACCAGUUUUGAUUAUCUCAUUAGUGUUUAAUUUCCUUACUAUUAGAUCUCUAAAUACUGCCAGCGAAUCGGUAACAUUCUUAUAUAGGAAACUUUUGCAUCAGCAAAAUCCCUUUCACCAGUGUGUGUGUGUGUGUGUGU